CAUCUCACAGGGGCUUUGGCAAACGCUACAGUCAGCACAAGGAAAACUGCAAAAAGCAGGAGGAAAAGAGGAGGAUGACCCAUGGAGUACUGGGUAGAUUGUGCAUGAGAAGUCACCUCAUGGCCCUGACACGUGCACAGGCUGCAGUGGGGACACAUUGCUCAGCAUUGCCAAGGGCUUCCUGUGAAGCACCAAUGAUGGGGGUGAUGAUCCAGCUUGUGAAAAGUGCCUCUUCCAUGUCCUGUGUCUCCUGCCUGUGCUCUCCAGACAAGCCCAUGCAGAUGAACCAGGCCUUGUUCAUGUCCAGUGGCCAGUGUGGGUAUGUCCUGCAGCCGACCAACAUGAGGGACGACGUCUUUGACCCCUUUGACAAGAGCACGUUGCGGGGCACAGAACCGCUCUCCAUUUCCAUUGAGGUCCUGGGGGCCCGGCACCUUCCCAAAAAUGGAAGGGGAAUCGUUUGUCCUUUCGUGGAGGUGGAGGUGUCUGGUGCUGAGUAUGACAACGCCAAGCAGAAAACAGAGAUUGUGGCUGACAACGGCCUGAACCCUCUCUGGACCCCGAAGCAGUUCCACUUUCAGGUCAGCAACCCUGACUUUGCCUUCCUCCGCUUUGUGGUCUAUGAGGAGGACAUGUUCAGCGAUGAGAACUUCCUGGCUCAGGCCACCUUCCUGGUGAAAGGCUUGAAGACAGGUGAAGCACUUGGGACAGCAGGGAGGGGUCAUGGUGGUUCUCACCCGUUCACACUGUUAGCCAGGGGGAUGCUGAGUUUCAUGGGAGGGUGUUGUUGGGCCCCAGGCUGGCUCAGUCCCUCUUGUCCCCAUGACAGGUCACAUUCUUAG